AUGGCGGCGACAGUGGAUAUGAAGCUCUUGAGGGCCACCAAGUUCCCCCCCGAGUUCAACCAGAAGGUCGAUAUGCAAAAGGUCAAUCUGCAGGUCAUGAAGAAGUGGAUCGCGGGAAAACUGUCGGAAAUUCUAGGCUCGGAAGAUGAUGUUGUUACCGAACUGUGCUUCAACCUGAUUGAGGGCACCCGAUUCCCCGACAUCAAAUCUAUGCAGAUCCAGCUGACAGGCUUCCUCGAGAAAGAGACGCCGUCCUUUUGCAAAGAGCUGUGGAACCUAUUUCUCAGCGCUCAAUCCAGCCCGCAAGGCGUUCCCCAAGAGCUUCUCGAGGCCAAAAAGCUCGAGCUGAUUCAAGAAAAGCUCGAGGCCGAGAAGGCCGCUGAAGAAGCUCGCCUUCGCAGAGAAAACCAGGACCGCCGAAACCGCGACCUGAACGAUACCCGAGACCGUGAACGUCGUGACAGGGGCUUCCGUGGAGAGGCGGCUUUGGGCGCGGCAGAGAUCGAUCACCGUCCCGUUCUCCUCCUCGGCGAGCCUCUUACCGUGGAGGCGGCGACCGCGACCGAUACGUACCACAAGGCCGGCGUGGCGGCCAUCGCGGGCGCUCCCCGUCACGUUCAGUAUCGGCCGACUCACGAGGCUCUAGGGAAGGUUCGCGGCCUAGGUCUGGCUCCCGUAGUGUGGGCGAUCGAAGUCGCAGGUCUAGCAGAUCAAGCGGCCCGUCGCGCCGUGCUGAUGCAUCGCGAAGGUCGCCGCCCCGUCAUCGGGACAGUCGCAAACGCUCGAGGUCGGGGGGACGAGACAAUUACAGGGCUCACGGUCGCGAUCGCCCAAACGACGCAGAUACUCGGAGUCUGGCAGCCGAUCGAGAUCGCCGGCACGGCGGGCCAAACGCCGCAAUCCGUCAAGAUCACCUUCAUCCUCUCGCUCACCCAGCCGCGGUCCAAGAAGACGAUCAGGCAGAGACCGAGACCUUAUCAGUCGCAGUCCUUCCAAGGAUCGUUAUGGUCGGUUAAGGCGGUCCAUGUCAAGGAGCCGAAGCAGAAGCAGAGGUGGACCAUCAUCACGAAGAAGAAAAGACUCAGUCUCCCCUCCACCACGUAA